GUGAAGUAGAUCCGGACAUCCAACAUGAACUGCUUUGCCUUUUCACUUCUCCUGGGUUCACUCUUCACCUGUGCCCAUUGUGUUUUCCCCCCUGGUUCUUGCGACAACUACACAAACAUAACUGAGCCGUGGCGGAAUAAACUGUACACAUCGUCUUCUUUCUCUGGUUUCCCAAAGGAUGAUGCGCAUCUCGUUGGGAAGUGGUGGCGAUUCACAGGCAUCGGUGGAGACAGAAUUAUUACAGCAUGCUUGACAGGCACUCGUGCUGGUGGCCAUUACACCACUCAUUUUCAAUUUACAUAUCCAACAAAUGAAUCUGAGACUGUAGCAGAGGGAACGGCCUACGGUGAUAUUAGUACCUGCCAACAUUAUAGUAUUAGGAUGCAGUCGGUGCUUUGUCCUGGAGGAUUCUACAUUUACAAACCAUUACAGCAUCCACAUUCCAGUUUGGUUCAUGCAACAUAUCAUCAUGAGUGUACGUCCGACUCCUGUGGACUGCAUGCUGAGUGCUCGGAUUCAGGAGGUUGUAUUUGUUCUGAUGGAUUUGAAAUGAUCCCACAAAACCUGCCGACACCGGAUUCAUACGGCUGCCUUGACAUAGAUGAGUGUACGACGACAGCAGGGAUCUGUGGUUCUCAUUCUACAUGCAACAACACCAUGGGAGCGUUCUUCUGCACCUGUCUGGACGGAUUCGAGGCCCAGGAUCCAGCACUACCACCCACAGGCACCAACCCGUGUGAAGAUAUUGACGAGUGUCUCAACAACAUCUGUGGUGAAUACGGAACCUGUCUGAACUCAGCAGGAAGUUUCAGCUGUGACUGCAAUGACGGCUUUCUCAAUGACGCUGACGCAGUUCCUGUUUGCCAAGACAUCGACGAGUGUUUCAACUCCACCGUCUGUGGUCCUGAUUCUGUCUGCACCAACACGCCUGGAACUUAUGAGUGCGCCUGUGAAAUAGGAUAUGAACCGACGGAUCCAGAGCAGGACCCCAGCGAGACCAACAUCUGCCUCGAUAUCGAUGAAUGUGUCAAACACGACGCCAUCUGUGGUCCUAACGCCAACUGCACAAACACAAUUGGAUCUUACACGUGCACCUGCCUCAGCGGUUAUCGGCUCAACAACCCCAGCGUGAUAGCCAGCUAUGCUAACUCAUGCACAGAUAUAGACGAGUGCUUUGAGACACCUGGAAUAUGUGGCAGACAGACCAUAUGCACUAAUGUACCGGGCACCUUUUACUGUUCCUGUCCUGAAGGAUUCUUCCCUUCAACGGGAAUUUUGUGGAUUUUGGGCACGUCGUUCUGUGAAAACCUUCAGGACAUUCUAAAUGAGAUAACACCCAAAGAGGGAGAGACGAAACAAAGAGCUUUUCUGGGCCACAUGGAGCAGCAACUGAUAGACAACGAAGGCAUCAUGGUGCCAGGCCCGACUGUGGCAAACAGCUUGUCGGCAUCGAUGGAAGUGUCAGGUGUUGGACCACUAGCCAAGUCGAUCACGGUGAGUAGCGAAGGAGAUGGAGAGACCGGCAGCGUGAUUCUGGGCCUCUCUGACCGUUUAGUUGCUGCGAUGGUUCAGCCGGGUCAGAAGCUCAACAAGACCAACAUAAGGAGUUCAACUCUGGAUUUAAGUCUUGAAACUACCGGGCCUGGGAGCGAUUCUGUGGAGAGGUCUUCUCUGUCAGCCAAAGGAAACACGAUGGAGAUCAACCUGGAUGGUCUGGCCAAAAACAAUAACGGUUCUGCAGCAGUCGCCUUCCUGACAUUAGAUGGGAUGGAGAGUCUUCUUAGUCACACAUACUUUAAAACAGAAAACAGGACAGAGAUGUACUCCGACGUCAUCACCGCUAUCCUGCCCUCCGUGAACAACACCAACCUCACCGAGCCGGUCAACUUCACCAUCCAACACAGACAGAGAAACAGGCAGGCAGAGUCUGAAGCUGGUAUGGUGACCUGUGUGUACUGGGAGGACAAAAGGCUGGGAGAAGGAAGCGAAGCAGCAAAACAGAAGAUCAUGCGUUGGUCAGUAGAGGGCUGUGGGGUUGCAUUCACCAACGAAAACUACACAGUGUGCAGCUGCUCUCAUCUCUCCACAUUCGCCCUCAUUCUGCAGAUUGCAGAGCCUCCACCACAAAGUGAUUUCUUAGAGUGGUUGAACCGGAUGUGUGUGAUUGUCGGACUGUUCUUCUUUGCGUUGGCCAUCUUCACCUUCCUCCUGUGCAGCUGGAACCCCAAAAUCAACAACACAGCUCGUCUUCACCUCUGCCUCAACCUCGGCUCGUCUCAUCUGCUACUACUGUGGAACGACAGAUAUCUGGAAGACGAGCUGGCCUGCACUGUCAUGGCAGGACUUCUCCACUUCUUAGUUGUUGCCAGCUUUGUGUGGAUGCUGCUGGAGGCCCUGCAGCUUCAUCUGCUGGUCCGAAGGCUCUCCAAGGUGCAGGUCAUCCAGAGAGACGGUCUCCCCAGGCCGCUGCUCUACCUGAUUGGCUACGGAGUUCCGUUUGUGAUUGUGGGCGUUUCUGCGCUGGUGUAUUCUGACGGAUAUGGUGCUACUGAAGCAAAGGCGUGCUGGCUGUCUGAAAAAAGACACUUCAACUGGGCUUUAACAGGGCCGGUGAUAACUAUCCUUGGACUUAACUGCGUCCUGUUUGGAGCUACUUUGUGGAGUCUGAGACCCACUUUGGCCAACAUGAAAAGUGACGUCUCUCAGUCCAAAGACACCAGAGUGAUUGUGUUCAAGAUACUGGCCCAGUUUGUUAUACUGGGAUGUACCUGGAUUCUGGGCCUGUACCAGACAAACCUCUUCUUCCAGGUUCUCUUCAUUGUUCUCAACUCUCAGCAAGGAACCUUCCUCUUCAUCGUCCACUGCCUGCUCAACAAGGAGGUGAGAGACGAGUACAUCAAAUGGCUGACCUGUUCCUUCAACAAGCCCAGAGAAGGAGGAUCAGUGAAAGAUGUGCCGUCUGUCUCCGAGGACGUGGACAAGGCCGACUAGCAGACCAGCUGAGUGGAGCAGUUCCUUAUUGUUGUUUAGUUGUUGUGGCCUUCAGCUCUGUCUGCUGUUAUUCAUCGUGGCAUUUUCUGGUUUUGAUUAUGUUCACUAGAAACAGUGAUGUUAUUUUCCUUUAAAUAAUUAUCUGUGGUUGGUUAUUUAGACCAUGUUUCUCAAUCAUCCAGGAACUUAAACUGCAAAAUUAUACACAUAUGUACAUGGCUUUAGGAAUCUUCUAAUAGAGAAUUCACAGCAGCAAUUACAUGUCAACUAUUUACCUCUUGUGACAGGACUAAUAGUUACGUUUGUAGAUUUAUUUUCCAUUUCCAUCGACCUCUCAUGUGUUCUUCCUUGAAUUAAGUUACUUGUAAAAGAGGAUUGCUCUGCGUGCACUCGCUGUGUACUAUAAAGCUUCUUGCAUGACAUAUAAGCAGUAUUUUUGUGAAUACGUUUGUACUUUUUGUGCACCUUGCCUACUGGACUUUUUGUUCUUUUAAAUCCACAAUAAACGUGCUUGCAUCAGA